UAAAGGACUUAGGAGGUGCCUGAACGUAGUAAGCAUUUAACAAAUGAUGCCUGUUGUCAUUGUUACUAUCCUUUUGAUUUUGCCAUCUGUAAAGUUAUAAGAGGAGGAUUAAAGCAUCUUUGCUGAUUUCUCACCAAUCAGAGGAAAGGAGAACUAACAGUGGCCCUCAGUCUGAGCCUGGCACUGGGCAGAAUUUUCGAGGUGCGGAGAAAAAGAAAUAAUAUCCCUGCCUCCAAGAGCUCAUCGUUUGACAAGAAGACAGAGGGGAAUCACUGAUUCAACGUAAAAAUGUGCUCAGUGAGAGACCAGAAGAUACAGGGAAGGUUCUAGAAGAGGGUUUUGGCAGCAUAGUGGAGAGAUUUACAUAGACUCCACUUUAAAUCCAAAAUUAUGUUCUGUCACCCUGGGCAGAUCACUUAGUCACCCCUGCCUGUUUCCUCGACUGUAAAAGGGGAGAUCGUACUUGAACCUGCCUCACAAAGCCUUUGUGAAAAUUAAACCAGCUGCUGUCCAGAAAGCUCAUCCUGUAGUACCUGACGCAGAAGUGUGUUCAAAAGUGAUCGUUAGUAUGAUUCCAGUGGCCCAAGAGAAAUCCGGGACCCAGGCUAAAGAAAUGCAAACUGAAGGAGGAAAGGACGGCUGAAGAGCGGCCCAGCCCUCCCGGAUCGCUUAAUUAUUGCGGUUGAAAUUUCUUUUAACUUCAGGUUCUUUUACUUGGGAGGUAUCUACCCCAGGGGGCGCCCGGGGCCUUCGCGUCUCUGUUGCCCGUGGCAACCGGCAGACCAGGCGGCGUCAGGCCUGGUAGGCAACGCGCAGGGGCAGCAAGAUGGCCCUGAGCUCCUGGUCCCCAGAGCUGGGGUUCGGCGGGAAGGUGCUGCUGCAGGCAGCAGCCGUCUCCACCGGCCCCUCCCUGGAGUUAUGCACCUUCCCCUCCUCCCUGGGCUCUUCGGUCGCGACCGCUGCGCUGGAGCAGCUCUUUGUUGUGGAACAAUCACUGCACAGUGACUACUUUAAAUGCAACGAAGAAGCUAGGAGCUUUCUUAAGGACAUUGCUAUCGCUGUUAAGAAAUUGGAAGAAAUGAGAAAAGCCACAAUUGAUCUCCUGGAAAUUGAAAGCAUGGAACUCAGCAGACUAUAUUUCCUACUGGAAACUCUUCCCAAUAGCAUUGGCAGAGAAUUGGAAGAAUGUGUCAGAGAUGCCCGCAGAUUAAAUCUUUUUGAGAUAAAUCAAUUACAAAUGGACGUUACAAGGAUGAAUAAUGAAAUAGAGUUCCUGAAGAAGAAAAUACUUGAUCUGAAAACAAUUAAUGAAAUUCUAGGUGAACAGCAAGAGGAGCUGGUGAGGAGGCACGAAAAGUUGGUGCUGUCACUCAACCACACGAUGGAAGAAAAAGCUGCUGUCACUGUUUACAUCAAUGAGACGUACACAAAAAUAAACUCGGAGAAAAAAGAGUUAGAAUUCCAAAACCAACGUCUCAAAGAAAUACAGGAACAAAUGGAAAAAGAAAAAGCGAAAUAUUUGGCAAGAAAACAAAAAUUGAAUCAAGAGAUUGAGGAAUAUAAAAAACUCUGUGAAUUGAAGAGAAAGGAUACUUAUCAAAAGAAGAGAGAAUUGGAUACAUUAAAACUUAAAGUGUCAAAAAUGAGAGAAACAGUUAGUACCAGGACAGUGGUUCUUAGUGAUCACAAUUUAGAGAUAGCACAACUACAAGAAUCAAUAAGGCAUUGGGAACAAGAGAUUGAAGAAAUGAAGAAAUCCUGUAAGAUCCUGGAGGAUAAAAUGCAUUUUUUUAUGAAUAACAAGGAAAAACUGGAAGAUUCAUCUAGUGUUGAAAAAGAUGAAAUUUUGCAGAAGAUAAAGCAGAUGGCUGAAAAACUACACAAAAGUCAUUUAGAGAGCAAAGAUCUACGGGAGAAAUUGCAUACUCUUACCAAACAAUAUAAGAUUGUCUUAAGUGAGGAGGAGAAAGUUUUUAUACAGAAACAGAACACUUAUAAUGAGAAUCAGAAACAAAUGGCAUUUAUUAGUCGGAAAGAAAACUUCCUAUCGCAAAGAAAAGUAGACAUCAAAAAUAUGGAGGAAGGACUUGUCACUCUCCAGGAACUUCAUCAAGCAACAAAGGAAGUAUAUCAGAGACAAAUAAAAAUCCUGAAUGACAACCGGGAAAGAGAAAGUCAGAGACGCGUCAUAACUCAGUGGAAAAUUGCUUGUUCACGAAAAAAACAUGCAUGUUUGAAAAAGAAGCUGGAGUCUGAAGUACAAGAAAUUUUAGAGGAAGUACAGACUGCUGAAUCUAGAUGCAUCAAACUAUUGCAAGAGACCAAUUUUAGACAAAAAGAGAUCACUGAGUUUUUGGCAGAGACUGAAAAACUUACAUUAGAAUUAAAACAAGUGGAGGAAGAAUUUAUUGUCAAAGAAAAAAAGUUAGUUCAAGAGUUGAGCAAGUAUGAGCUAAGAUUCGCUAGGGAAACGCAAAGUAACAGAGUAAAGGAAGAUGAACUAGUCGAGCGUCUUCCGCAACUUCAAGUGGCAGAAGAAGAAUAUAUGAGCAAAGCUGGAACACUGGAAGAGCUCCUUCAUUUUAUUACAGCACAAAAGCAGGAGCAGAAUUUACUGAACGAUUACACUUCUCAAAUGGCAAGAGACUUUUCAAGAUUUUUCAGCAACUCGGAAAAAGUGAAGAACGAACUCAAAUACUUACGAGACCAAGAAAGCCAUAAGAUCAAAAGCCAUUUUGAAACUCUCAAGAACUUAGAAAAUGAAAUCUACGUACAUGACUUAAAAGUAGAUGCUUUGCUCCUGGAAAAUGAAAAAUUAAGAAAAUAUAUUGCAUAUAUGAAGAACAACAUAGAGCUAUACAAAAAAAGAGAAGAAGACCUCAAGUGCACAUCAGGUGACCUGUGUUGGCAACUGACAGCUCAUCAGAGGAAGUAUUUGGAUUUGUGGGCUGAAUUUCAGACUACAGUUAAGGAACUGGUAAACAGUGGUGGUGAGACUUUGCAAGGAAUAAAAAAGCUAACAGAGAGGCUGCAGGAAAGGGAUGAAAACAUUGAGCGUAUCAGCAUUUGGCUACAAGGGAAUCUUGAAGAGCUGCGUUUUCUUAUGGAACAGGAAUUGAAAACGGACCUCCAUAGUUCCCUGAUUGUAAAAUAUGGAUAGUUAACAGGAAGUUACAAAGCAUCGGACCCAAAUUAGGCACUCAUCAGAUCUCUUGAAAUCUAUGGCCCUCCUAAGGAAGUAAGUCAGCUUUGACCCCUUGGAUUAAUCAUCUCUGAGCCACCUGUAAUCUGGCUUUUGGAUUUUCCCUUUUGAAUGGCUUCUCUCAAGCGAUGGGGCUUGUAGAGAAGCCCUUGAUCUCUUCCAGCUCAACAGUGCUCUCCUGUUCUCUUCUGGACAUAAUCUGUCACUGUAGUAGCCCUCCAGGGCCUGGCCCUCUCCUUCAGAACACUGCACUAGCUUCAGUAACAGAUGGGGGCACCUCUGAGCCUGGCACUAGAGCAAAUGCUGCAGUUACUGAGUUGAAUAAGACCCAGUUCUUGAGCCUCAAAGUAUGUACAUCGUCAGAGCAAACAAGCAAAGAGCUGAUUAGAAUACAAGGGAUUCCUUCUAGUGAGUGGCUAUGAGAGGGUAAAGGAGACACCUCUAAGCCUUUUUUUAGGUGUUGGGAAUACAGAAGGAUGUCUUCCUGAAAGGGCAGUAGACCUGCCCUGGGCCAAGGACCUCGGUAGUCUGGCUGAGUAGACAUCUACCGGGGGGUACCGGUUGGCACAGGUGGAGGAACGGCUUGUUAGAACUUGAAAUGCCAGAAUUCAUCUUGAAAACUAAGAUUACCUUUUAUUUGGAAGAAGGACUGUUAAGGCAAAAAGUAAACAAGUUCUUAGUGUGUAUUCCUAAAUCAAAUAGUAACCGAGUACAGAUUAUUUUUUAAAAAGUAUUAAAGUUACAGAUAUUUAUAUUAACUAAAUAUCUUCAUUUGGUAUGUGUAGUACAGAAGACUUUUAGACCGAGGGAUAUUUUAAAAGAAAGAGCAAAUUUGUAUAUGCUGUCAGCCAAGUCUUGCAACCCAAUAGUUUUAGACAAAUAUAUAACAUGUAAUUGUUAAAUUUAUCAAUUGACCCAAAUUAGUAAAAAUAUUUUGACCUUUACCUAUCCAGCACUGGUUAGGAAAAUAAUUACCACGCACUAUUAGCAGUGAGGGUUAUGAUUGCCUAUGAGUACCUAAGUAAAAACUGAACAAACCUGAGCUAGGACAAGGGCAAUUCGUUUUUGUUGUUGUUGUUGUUUUUUUAAAUGUUUGAGAAAGAAUCCCAAGCAGACUCCGCACUGUCAGUGCAGAGCCUGACGUGGGGCUUGAACUCACAAACCAUGAGAUCAUGACCUGAACCAAAAUCCAGACUAUGAUGUGUAACUGAUGGAGUAACCUAGGUGCCCAUUUUUUAUAUUUUUAAUGACCAUGUUUCAACAGAUUAUUUACUAACAUUAACAACCACAGUUGCUAUGAAUUGUUCUGAUCUUGUUCUUAAAUAUAUAUCUGCAUUUUUAAUUUGCUUUAAGUAUUCCUGAAAUUCUUUGCAUUUGAGGAAUGUAAUAAUUACAUGAUUUUUCCUUUUGCAUACACAUCUUUCUGCUAGACUAGGAAAUCAAAGGAGAUAAUUGUUAAAAUGGUUCCAAAUGUAACGGGACACAUAUGGUACUCGUAAGCAGAUAAUGACUCCCCAGGCUCCACGCCACCCCCAAGUCCCAGAUUAUACAGUCAUCUGAGGAUUCUUUGGGAAAUUUAGAAUUUUAAUGGACACUAAUAACCACCCAAACUUGUAUGAGAUACAUAAAAUUCUUAUUUAUUUUUAUUCCUACAGAAAAGAAGAAACACGUUCAUAU